AUGUUCAAAACUGUUUACAGCCUGGCAAAAGCAUGCAGACCAAUUUCAAGCAUAGAGGAAUUGAUAGAAUUACAAACUGAAAAUGAAAUAGAUCUGGGAGUAGGAUUGCAUUCAAGGCCAACAGUUGUGAAAAUAGUUGAGUGCAUUGCAAAUGAAAUUAAAACUCAAAUGUUUACCAGCAUCAUUGCACAGAAUCUGAAAAUAUGUCUGAUCAUUGACAAAGCCUCAACAAUAUCCUGCAAACCAGUUUUGAUAGUUUUUGUAAAAGUUGAGGACUCAGAGGACCCACCAACAAUUUUUGUUGAGUUUGUUGAAUUGAAGAAACAAGAUGCAGAGACAAUAUGUUCUGCAGUUUUUGAAAGUCUACGAAUGGUUAGGUUUACACGGCAUUACCUACAAAAAAAUUUAAUAGCAUUCUGCUCUGAUGGUGCCAGUGUUAUGCUUGGGAGAAAAUCUGGAGUGAGCACCAGAAUAGCAAAAGAGUUUCCAAACAUCAUCAUAUGGCACUGCUUGAACCAUUGCCUCCAACUUGUUUUAGAUGAUGCCAUAAAGGAAAUAAAGCAAGUAAAUCAUUUUAAAAUAUUUAUUGAUAAGAUAUGCUCUAUUUUUCAGCAAUCCAAUAAGAACUGAAUUGAACUUGAUGAAAUAUCCAAAGAACUUGACAUUAACAUCAUAAGGAUUGGAGUUUUUGGGCCAAGAUGGGCUGCCUGUAGUUUAAGAGCAACCAUAGCUGUGUGGUGUGCUUAUCCAAUGCUACAUCAAUAUUUUCAUGCAAAUGCAAAAUACGCAGGUAUGGCUGCCCAUCUGGAAAAUAAAUAUUUCUUAAAUGAUUUGGCGUUGAUGAUCGAUAUUCUGGAAGAAAUCUCACUUCUUUCAACUGCACUGCAAGCACGCAAUACGGACAUCACAAAGGCUGAAAAACUGGUGAGAAGAUCAAUGAAAGCAUUUGAACUGCUUACAAAGGGAAAGGGCCCAUACGAAAGAAAAGUUGACGGACUAAUUACUUCAGAAACCUUCAGAAAUAUAAACUUUGUAGAAAAUCAUUGA